AUUGAUGCGGGGGCCCGGCCGCGCUCGCCAAGGAGCAGAAGGAAGCAAGAUGGCGGCGCUGUAGGAGCGGGGAGCGCGGCGCCCGGGCUGUGCGUGCUGGAUGUCGGCGAGGCUGAGGGACGCGGCAGAGAUACAUUCAGAGGGUAGCCUUGUGGAUGGCCUCAGAGCAGGCCAGAUGGAACAGGACAGAACCAACCAUGCUGACGGCAAUAGAUUGAGUCCAUUUCUAAUAUCACAGUCUUCUCACGUCUUCCAGGCAGAGCCUUCUGCAGUGAAGCUACAGAACGGGAGUCCAGCAACAGAGAGGUCUGAAGUGGAAGUAAAUGGAGACCACAAGCUACUAUUCAAUAAAAGCAACUUUGGAGUGCCCCACCCGAAGGGAAGUCCAAACAAUUGCGUUAGCCCAGACCUUUUACAAGAAAAGAAAGUAUAUUCCAAAUAUAUGCAAAAUGGUGGGAUCAAACGCACUUUUAGUGAGCCCUCUCUGUAUGGACUUCAUGAGAGCAAGAAAGUGAAACAAGAUAAGGAGAUAAAUGGAGAAAAAGCUGAGCCAGAGGACAAUAGUGAAAAACCAAGUGUCUCCAAUUGUUACAGUGAGAAGAAAUCGGAGAGUUUUAAAAGACAAGAAAACGAAGCUUCAGAUUUGAUACCGUCUACAAGAUACAACAGCGUUGGUUCAGAAAACCCUCAUGACCUUCUGAUUCAGGAUGAGCAGGAGCAGGAAAAUAUUCAUUGCCAUAACAGGGACAUUGUCUUACUACUUAAGAACAAGGCAGUGCCAAUGCCUAAUGGUGCUACAGUUUCUGCCUCUUCCAUGGAAAGCAUGCAUGGUGAACUCCUGGAGAAAACACUGUCUCAAUAUUACCCAGAACAUGUUUCCAUAGCAAUGCAGAAGAACACAUCUCUUAUCAAUGCCAUUACCAGUCAGGCUACUAACGAGUUGUUCUAUGAGACAACAUAUUCAUCCCAUACCUCAGGGCAGAUCACUUCCCCACAGACCUCAAACUCUGAGCUGCCUCAAGUGCCAGCUGUAGUGGUUACUGAGGUCUACAACACAAAAGACUCCAGUAAACCACCAGGUAGCUGUUCACUUCAGAAACCAGAUCUACAGCUACAGCAACAGAUUCCAGGCUAUGAUACUCACCAGUUACCUGUAGGAAACAGUAAUAUUCAUGGAAGCAUAGGGCAGAUUCCCAACCAAGACCUCUCUCUAAGUUCCAGCAGUAACCUGCAAGCUCAGAGCACUGCUCUGGAAAGGUACUCUGAGCAAGCAGAAAAUAAUGGUGCUUUCUUUACACAGAACUCAACGUUUCACAAAGAUUCCUCCACUGCUCCUGCUCCAGAACUGAACAGUGCACUGUCUGCCGCGGUGCAAGAAGGACACCACUCCUAUGACAACAGGUGUGAUGAAACUCUUCCUGGGGAGAUUAACAAUGAAGGGCAACAGGAGGGACCAAUGUCAGAAAGUCCCAGCCUCAGCCAACAACAACUUCAACCUCAGCAGAGCCUUCUGCAACAGGCACAAAUGUCACAAGAUGUCAGUGAAAGCAACCCACAAGCUGCUGUGGCCACCUUGAUUCCGCAGCUCCCCGAAGGAGAGACGCUGGCGUCAGAAUCUCCCCUCCAAAACCUGCACGCACACAGAAGUGAGGGUGAGUUGCAGCAACACUAUCAGCAUUUCCCAGGACAGAGAGAACCUGAGACUCCUCCUGACAAAGAAAAGGACCAAGUGAAAGAGCCUGUACAACAGGCUCAACAUUAUUCAAAACCAGCCUGGAUAGAACUGGUUUCCACCCAGUUCUGCCAGGGAGAGCCUCCCCAGAAGCCCAGCAAAGCAUUAUUGCGGUCAAUUCUUCAGUACCAGGCAAGCACAGCCCAAACAGUUUAUACAAAACAGUAUGCUGGAAGUCCUGAUUCAUUAAAGGGGCCUUCAGGACAGGCCCAGAGCCAGAAGAUAAUGCAACAGGAACAAUGUCCUCCGCUGUACAAAAGUGAGAGCUCCCAGCUGCAGUCGCAUCCCCCAGCUGACCAGCAGCUGCCAUUCCAAAAACACUCACCGCAGCCACAGCUCACAAAGGUGGAUUCCCUUCUCAAGUCCCAAGUGCAGCAACACCCUCCACAGCAGCUCCAUUUCCAGCCAAGAUCAGAACAAGCUGAACAGCCUUUAGGGGCCCCCUUGAAACAGCAGCACUUGAAUCCCCAGCCAGGGGAAAACGGGCAAUUCCUGCAUUCACACAUCUUGCAACAGAUGCUGCAAAAACAGGCACAUCCAGUGCAACUGCCAUGCAGUCCACAGCUAACCCCAAACCAGCAGCAGGCUCCACAAAUGAAAACUAAAGACCUGCCCCAAGCUGUACCCCACCCCCAAAGCAAUGCUGAGCAGCCUCUAGACAGGAUGUCCUUCAAUCAACUGAAAGCAGAUGAAUGUUUCCAAACUGGGAGUAAGUAUGCUAAAUCAGCUGCAUUCCCAGUGCCUAACCCUCAGCUAGGCCUGGAGCAGGUACAGACCAUGAACAAGAAAGCUCCCCUUUACACUCAGAAGGCAAAUGCCAGUCUCCAGCACCCUUGCCCAAACAACAGACACCUGAUUUCUGAGAAGAAAGGGAAUGCCACAAAUAUGGAAUGCUUUGGAGCCAAUAAAAUGCAGGACUUGCAGCAUGUGCAGUAUUUUUCAAAUAACUUGACCGCAAAGCAAGAUGUGAAUCACUGUUUUCAAGAACAAGAGCAACAGACACAACAAGCCUCAGUUCUACAGUUGCCACCCCUCCAGCCCUCACAGGGCUAUGGUGCUAGUCUGAACCAAGACCUCCUGAAUAAACAAGCUCCACAGAUCCCUCAGCAGUACUUACCACAUGGCCAAACAGCCCCCCAUGCCCAAGAGCAGAGAGGCUGUCAUUUGCAGUCCCAGACCCCUAAGGAUUUUCAAAAGCAUGCUGCUCUGCGGUGGCAUCUUUUGCAAAAACAGGAGCAACAAGCAUACCAGCAACCCAAAACUGAGAUUGGUCCCAGUGCAGCACGCAAGCCUAUAAAAAUUGAGGCUGGCACAAAGUCUAAUGUCUGCAUGCGCCCAUCAGCUGGGCAGCUGGAAAACAAAACGUGGAAAAAAACAAUUAAACAAGAGAAUCAGCACUUUGGCUGUGAGAACAUGCAACAAAAGAGCAUAAUUGAGACAAUGGAGCAGCAGCUAAAACAGAUACAGGUCAAAUCACUGUUUGAUCAUAAGACUUUUACUCUCAAAUCACCCAAACAUGUGAAGGUUGAAACAGCAGGCCCUAUUACCAUCCUCUCACGAAAUACCAGUGCUGCAGAUUUUGACACUCAAACCCCAAUCUUAGAUCAGCAAGCAAACUUGUCUGCUGAGAAAACCCCGACCAAAAGAACAGCUGGAACUGUUCUCAAUAAUUUUUUAGACUCACCUUCCAAGUUAUUGGAUACGCCUGUAAAAAAUUUAUUGGACACACCUGCCAAAACCCAGUAUGAUUUCCCAUCUUGCAGCUGUGUUGAGCAAAUUAUUGAAAAAGAUGAAGGUCCCUUCUAUACCCAUCUAGGAGCCGGUCCUAACGUGGCAGCUAUUAGAGAAAUCAUGGAAGAAAGAUUUGGACAGAAGGGUAAAGCUAUAAGGAUUGAAAGGGUUGUCUACACUGGGAAAGAAGGCAAAAGUUCUCAAGGAUGUCCAAUUGCUAAAUGGGUAGUCCGCAGAAGCAGCCAGGAGGAGAAGCUGCUGUGCCUGGUGCGCGAGCGAGCGGGACACACGUGUGAGACGGCCGUCAUCGUCAUUCUCAUCCUGGUCUGGGAGGGGAUCCCGACCAGCCUGGCCGACAGGCUCUACUCGGAGCUCACUGACACCCUGCGCAAGUACGGCACGCUCACCAACCGGCGCUGCGCCCUCAACGAGGAACGGACUUGUGCAUGCCAAGGGCUGGACCCUGAAACUUGUGGUGCUUCAUUUUCCUUCGGUUGCUCCUGGAGCAUGUACUACAAUGGUUGUAAGUUUGCCAGAAGCAAGAUUCCAAGAAAGUUUAAGCUGAUGGGGGAUGACCCAAAAGAGGAAGAAAAACUAGAAUCCCAUUUGCAGAAUCUGUCAACCCUGAUGGCACCUACCUACAAGAAGCUUGCACCCGAUGCAUAUAACAACCAGAUCGAGUACGAACACAGAGCCCCCGAGUGCCGUCUGGGGCUGAAGGAAGGUCGCCCAUUCUCUGGGGUCACUGCCUGCCUCGACUUCUGUGCUCAUGCUCACAGAGACUUGCACAAUAUGCAAAACGGGAGUACUCUGGUUUGCACACUGACUAGAGAAGACAAUCGUGAAAUUGGCCAAACACCAGAAGAUGAGCAGCUCCACGUGCUCCCGUUAUACAAAGUCUCUGAUGUGGAUGAGUUUGGAAGCACUGAGGGCCAGGAGGAGAAGAAGAGGAAUGGCAGCAUCCAGGUCCUUACAUCCUUUCGUCGAAAAGUACGGAUGUUAGCAGAGCCCGUGAAGACCUGUCGGCAAAGGAAGCUGGAAGCAAAGAAAGCAGCUGCAGAAAAGCUUGCCUCCUUGGAGAAUGGGUCUAGCAAAGCUGAGAGAGAGAAGUCUGCUGCAGCACGCAACAAGCAAGGCACCUCUGAAGCAGCUGGCCAUGCAAAGCAGCUGGCAGAUCUUUUACGUCUUUCAGGACCAGCCACACAACAACAGCAGCAGCAGCAGCAGCAACAUCCACAGCGCUCUCUCCCUAACAACCCUCAAUCAAAUCCCAUUAACUCUUACUCGGGUUCAGGUUCUGCAAAUCUCUAUGGAAGGUUGCCUAAUCCAGCCAAUGCUUAUCCAAACUCUUCGUACACUUCAGAUCCAUAUGGAGGGUCCAAUCCCGUGAGCCUCUAUCCAACCUCAUCACAGUCUGCGGGGUCUUAUUUGAAUUCUUCCAGUCCCAUGAACCCUUAUUCAGGAUCUUUAAGUCAAAAUAACCAAUAUCCCCCCUACCAAUGCAAUGGAAACAUAGCUAUGGACAACUGCCCCUCUUACUUGGGCUCCUACUCUUCCCAGCAUCAGCACAUGGACUUGUAUUGCCAGAGCCAAGACCAUAUGUCUAAACUAAGUCUACCACCCAUUCAAACAUUAUACCAGCAUAGGUUUGGGAAUAACCAGAGUUUUGGUCCCAAGUACUUGAAUUAUGGAAACCAAAAUAUUCAGGUAGACUCCUUCAGUAAUUGCACCAUAAAACCAAAUUUACACCAUGUAGGGUCAUUUUCCUCUUACUCAACCCAUGAGUCCAAUGGCCAUUUUAUGGAGGUUGCCUCAAGGUUAAAAUCUAAUCUGAGUAAUCCAAGCAUGGAUUAUGCCUCUAUGAGUAAAACAGGUGAACAUCAUCACAUGCAACCCCCUCCACAUUUAUCACAUGACUACCAUUCUGCUCCAACUAUGUUUAGUGGUCCCCCUAAUUCAUUGCAUCUCCAAAAUAAGGAUAAUGAAAUUAUUUCACAUGCAGUUAAUGGUUUGUCUAACAUGCUUCCAGGUCAAAACCAUGACAGGACUGCUCCCCAGGGUGGUUUAGAUAAAACUGACGUGCUGAAUCCAGAAAAAGCAGAGGAUCCCGAUGAAGUCUGGUCAGAUAGUGAGCAGAAUUUUCUGGAUCCAGAAAUUGGAGGAGUGGCAGUUGCUCCAUCUCAUGGGUCAAUUCUCAUAGAGUGUGCAAAACGCGAGCUCCACGCAACGACUCCCUUAAAAAAUCCCAACAGGAACCAUCCCACCAGAAUAUCCCUUGUAUUUUACCAGCACAAGAGCAUGAAUGAGCCAAAACAUGGUCUGGCUCUGUGGGAGGCGAAGAUGGCUGAGAAAGCAAGAGAGAAAGAAGAGGAAUGCGAGAAGUACGGCCCAGACUAUGUGCCUCAGAAAUCCUACGGCAAAAAAGCCAAGCGGGAGCCCGUGGAGCCCCACGAGCCCUCUGAGCCAACGUACCUGCGCUUCAUCAAGUCCCUGGCACAAAGGACACUGUCGGUCACCACGGACUCCACCGUCACCACAUCUCCAUAUGCCUUCACACGGGUUACAGGGCCUUACAACCGAUAUAUCUGACACCUUGGCUGGUUACCUCAUUUGAAAAAACACCUUGUCGCUAGGGUAGUAGUGCUUUAGGUUUCAUGGAGGGCAAGGGUAGAGAAGAAAACAGUGUUUUUACGGAGCUCAUCGGUGGAAAAAGCCUCGGCACACCAGCAAAAAGAGGUAAAUCUCACUAGAGCACUUGUUUUCCACUGAUUUUUAAGUGGUCACAGAUGGCACGUAGGAAACAGACCAAAGCAUCCUAUGCAAAAAAAAAUUUACAAACAGAAGAAGAAAAUAAAAGGAAAGAAAAAGGAGAGAACACAACAAAAAAUUGUUUCACAAUUUACAUUGGAAAACACUGGCUCUAUUACUGAAAGAGAUAAUCUGCAAAUGGAUAUUUUUUUCUUACAGUUUUUCACAUCUGUGGCCACUUUUAAUGUCAUCAAGUUUGCAUAGUCAUGGAACAGGAGCAAAAACAACCCUAAUACAAAACAAAAAAUACUGUGGUAUUACAACUGCAGGAAUCUUAAAAUAACAUCUGGUGCUGAAUCUAUGAUGUACUGAAAUACUGGAAUUAUGGCUUUUUAACAUGCAGUUUUUACUGUAAUCUUAAUAGUAUUUUGAUUUUAUUUAAUGAAGUAGAUAAGACAAAUAGACAGCAAAACACUGAAUUUGUUUGAAUAUUCUAAAACCAUGGUGCUAUCCAAGAGAAUGGUGUCUUUAUUUUAUCAGUGAAACAGUUAAUGCCUUUAUAACAAAAUGUCAAUGAUGUAGUCAAGUGUUCUUCAGCAACAGGGAGGACCUUUUCAUUCAUGUAUGUAUUGAAGUUACCUGGUGUUAAAAUAAGCUUACUUUUUAACAUAUGGGAAUUACAAAGACCUCUGGAUUUUACUCAUCCAGUCAAGUCCUAGAAAAGGACAAUAAAAUAGAGAGAGAGAUAUUUUUUUUUAAAUAGUGUUUCAAAAGCACUUUGUCUACCUAAGCUUGGCAACUUGAACAAUGCUAAGGUACUAAGACAUUAAAAA